GAGUUCUUAUGUUGCGAUUGUCCUACUCUCUUUCUCACUGUCUCUCACUCUGUCUGUCCCGCAUACUUUCACUCCAAGUUAACAUUGCGUCUCUUUUGAAGAGGGAGAACUGUGACAUGCCUCACUAUGGAAACCACAGUCAGCUGAACUUUCCCUCCUGCUCUCACACACCCUCAUUCCUUUCUCCCUCUCAUAUCUAUUUCUCUCUCUUUUUUUCUAUCUUUUUCAUUCAUGCUCUUAUCCUAUCAAGACACAGAGGGCCGCAAUAAAAGAGCUGUUUCUGCCAGUAGUAGUUCAGUCACAGAUGAAGAGGGGUGUGUUGUGUCAGUGGGUUAGGCUAAAAUUAGCCCCCUGUCUAUAUCAUGUUACCCCUGUCCCUGACUGACAUCCAUUCCAUUCAUCCAUAACCCACCGCCACAGCCCAUAGGAACCAACAGACACUGUUCAACUCAGUACAGCUUUCUAGGUUAGGUUUAAAUGCUCACCAGCCUCAUUUUGGCACCAACAGUUCCAUAACAAUGACAUUGUAUAUAGCUAAUAUCUUAGUGGGUUAUUGAUGCUUAUAUCAAGGAUUAACUAUGACUGAAAUAUUUGGUAGUGUCAUCUAGCUAUCUAAAGAUGAAUGUGCUGUUCUGUCUGUUAAAAGGUAUACAUCUUCCACACCGCUCAAUAUAGACAUCAAUUAACUCUUUAGGAGUUUGCUGUUCCUAGGAGCAGUGUUUCCUUAUUAAAAACAUUCACAGUGACACUUUCUUAACAGCUCAAUAUCAGCACAUCAACCAGAAAGUAUUACUAAGUUCUACAACAGAAAGAUGAUAUUACCUGUUCUGUGCAUGCUUCUCUGCUAAGGAAUGAUGUCUAUCAGACAAAUCAAUUAAUAAUGUAUGUGUUCAUUGUAUCAGGACCACAAAGUAGUUACUCAAAUCAGAUUUGGAUAUACUGCAUUUUUUCAUCUGCAUAACAUGUGGAAGUAGUUCUUUUCAGGUUUAGAGUAGGAGACUGUUAAAUGCUAUCUCCCUAUCUCAGUCUUGAACACAUUAAAAUUUCUUGCUAACUCAACAAAAUGAGAAUUGUGUUUCGGGUUGGCUGCUGUAAAAUUACAUUGAAUAAACCUCAACUACACAUUUUGUAGAGCAACCACACAAUUCAAUUGCAGCUGUUUGACUUAAGAUAGUAUCUUGAAACAAACUCAGUGCUAGUUUGCAAAGUGACAUGUAAUUCCUAUUGGAAUUUAGCCAAGCUGAAUAAAAAGGAUUACUGGGCUUGGGAUGGAUGGCUGAUGAGUAUACUUAUUUACUGAAAUAGCAAUCUCAGUAAAGAGUAAAAGGUUAUUUAUAUCAAUGUCACAUGUACUGAAUGAAAAUAAUACACAAAAUCAAAGCUCUAUUUAUACAAACAAAUGGUCAUAUUUGUUUAGCCAACAUAUUUUGUACAUUUACACAACUUGUUGUAGUUCAGCUUACUGUGGGUUCGUUUGUGGAUUUAUUGUGCAGCUGAAAGACAACAAGCUGAAGUGUGUGUGCAAUUGAAUAAAAUACAGUUUUUUAAUAUAGUUUCAGCCGUAGGUACUGCAGAAGAUUGUUGCAACUGCAAUUAUAUCAGAAAUAGGGUAAGUUUUAUGCUAUGGUCAAAGGUACUGCAAUGUAAUAUCUAACCCUGUGCCAUUUGGCUCCAGCCAGCAAUACACUAAGGGGAAAUUAUGUUAUUUAAGACUGCUUUAUUAAAUGUGGCUGGAAUGUGUCCGUCAUUGUGUUGAAACAAGGGGUCGUUUGUCUUAUUGGAGCCUGAUGAUAUGCUCUGACAUGCAAAAGGCUGUUUACAGCUGUCUCCCUCACAAGACUGUCACUGAUUCAAUUAGGGACGAGUCUGUGGCCCAAAUGGCAUGGUAUUCCCUACACAGUGUACUUCUUGUGACUAACAGCUCAUUUGGGUGGUAGUAUUAUCGCACUACAGAAGAAACAGGGUGCAUUUUAAGACUCAGCCAUAGAUGCCUCUAGAUUAAGUGACCAGUGUUGGGGUUUUUCUGUUUUAUUUCCUAAUUUAGCAGGAAAACAAAUGGAUGACACAGAGAGCAGGGGGGAUUGGCUUGGUGUUGUAUAAUGCAUUCGUUUCUGGGUGAUUUGAUUAGUUAUUCCCUACCUAUCCUUAACUUCUACUGAAAGAAAUGGGAAAAGGUGGUCAGUUUUACGAAAACAUGUUACGUGGGAUUCACACAAAAGUGUUUCUUUUAUCAAUAGGAUUUCACUGCUUGCAAUUUAAUCCCAAGCAACAUCUGAUUUAUUAACUUGAAUCAUGUAGGAUGAGUGAAAACCCAUCAAAUGUAUUUACGACCACCCUGUAAACAGACCUAAAACAUUUUGAACUCAAAUAUUACUAGUAAGUUGAACUCAAAGUUAGUAACAUUUUACUAAUGACAUAAAAUGUUUGUGAUACUGUCUUUUACUCAAUUUGUGUCAAAUGAAAAUGUCCCCGGAAUGCUCAACUGCGGGUAUUUUAAAACUGAACAGGUUUUUUGAAACCGUUUUUUUCAUUUACACAUCCCUCAAAAAAGACAUUAACAUCGCCAAAAUAUAUUUUUUCCGCCCUGUUACGCUGCAGCUGCAUCACACCUAUCAGUGAUGUGGGGUUCACAUCCAUCGUGGGGUGAAAAUUACAUUUGAAGAAGGGUCAGCCGAUCCAUGACCUGUGGCCAAUAUCCCCCACCCACAGCAACCUUGGAUCCUGCUGUUCCCACAUGGCAUUCCCUUACAGUGUCUGAGCACCACUCAGACUCAGCAGCAGAGACAGAGGGUUCUGUCUCUCCCUCACACAAACACACACACACACCGAACAAGCCCACACACACAUGCCAUCAGAAGAGAGUGCUUUGUGUUUUCACAGACUGGGCAGCUGUGAGAGAGAGAGAGAGAGAGAGAGGGAGAGAGGGAGAGGUGUGGGUGGCAGUGAAGAGGGAAGGGGAGAGAGAGGUAGGGAUGGAUUUCCAGAGUGAGAGAGACCGAGGGAGAGGAUCGAGGGGUGAGAGAUACAGGAAGCUCUACAGAGGUAUAUCUCGAGGACUAGAGCGAGAGCGUGAUCAAACGCGACACAUCGGACAUCCUACAUAGGAGAGGGAGAGAGAGGGAGAGAGAGGGAUCAGAGAAACAGAGAUUGACUACCAGAGCAGCCUCUGAGACUGAGUGGGAAAGGCAGAGCCGGACAGUCGGCCGGUCUAAAAGCCCAGUGAGAGCUGUGUCCAAUAGCAAAAUUGAUCUCUGGGAGUCCGUAAGCCGCCGGUGCGCAUGGCGUGGUGCUGCUGCUGCUGCCGUCCUCUCCAGGCCUCGUCGUCCUCCCGCUCCGCUGCACUCCUCAAACGCUGCCCUCUAUUCCCAGACAUCUCCCCUGCUGAGCUGGAUGCAUUAUGGAGAGAACCCCCUUACACACUAACGGGAACCAAUGAGCACUUUCCAGGAAAUGAUAUCCUAACUACAGGGGCUGAGGGGGAGGAGGAAGAGCUGGGGGUGGAGUCUGGGGAUGGGGAGCCUAACAGUUACUGGAAGAAGGAGGCAUUCGCCAGUGGGAGUACUGUGUCAUUGGCUGUUGGAGAGAGGUUCUCUUCAGAUGUGGUGCUGGUGUUCAGAGGUCGGCGGCGGUCAGGUGUAAUACCUGACUGUGAGCUACAGGAGGCACUGCGAACCAGAUUAAGGGUGGUCGAGAGCAACAGCCAGGACGUCAUUCAGCUCUUCAAGGACCUGUCUGCUCGUCUGCUGUCUGUCCACGCGGAGAAGGACAGCUUCGUCAUCACCUUCAAGACUGUGGAGGAGAUAUGGAAGUUCUCUACCUACCUGGCUCUUGGGUACGUGGCUCGGUGCUUAGAGAACUUCCUUUGUGACCAGUCAUUCUGGCUGGACAUUGAGCUGCUGAAGGACCUGGAGAUUACUGUGACUGUAGAUGAGGAACACCUGGCUACGCUGUACCUGGGACUUCUUCUGCAGGAGGGUUUGUUCUUUGCCAAAGCGCUGGUGAACAGUGGAGAGUACAGUGAUGAGGAGGACGAGCUGUGUUUCAGACGUGACGACCUGCUGAUGGUCAAAGACACGGGGCAGGAAAGUAACUGGGAGGGCACCCUCCUCUCCAGCGGGCAACAUGGAUUGGUCCCUGUCAACACUAUGCAGCCACUGCCUUACCCAUUCUACCAGUGGUUCUUGAGGAAGUACCCUGGUUGUGCAGGAGGUUCCCCUCCGGAGCCAGGACAGUUUGAGCACCCUAUAGUAACGGGUUCCUGUGAAGCUAUAGUGGACUACCAUCCUGAGGGCCAGGAGGAGCUCCAGCUGAGUCUGGGCGACGUGGUGGAGAUACGCGGCGUACUGCUUCGUGGUCUGGUCCUGUUCAUAGGAACUCACUCCUCUACAGGACACACUGGCUUCGUACACAAGGCCCACGUCAAACCACUCAAUGCUGAACCACUAGAUGGACAGCUGGUGUUUCUCAGUAAGGAGGAGCGUGCAUCUCUGUCUCAGGUUAACCCCUGCAGUUCUGAACCCAGCGACAGCGGCCUACUGGAGAGACUGUUCUCCUCUGACAUCAGUACUGUCUACAGGCUAGAUAGACUGGAUGAAUCUGAUUUCACAUAUAUCAGAAACCAACCAAAACAAGAGCACAAGCCUCCGGUCAGUGCCCGCCAGUCCAUCAUCUCUGAGAAGAGCGAUACAACACCUCCAUACCACUCCUCUCCCCGCCCAUCCCUCUCCCGCUCCUCCCCCCGCCUCUCCUUUUUUGCAUCCCAGAAUGCUUUGGGGCGUGGUGGAGAAGGGGAGCUACUGUCCUUCAGUCUGGAUGACACCUUCAGAGAGAUGGAUGAGUUCCAGGAAGAUCCACCCCCUUUCCCCGAGGAGGGCAGCUGGGAGGUGGAAGAGUCUGAGGUCUUUGACCCCACCCUGACCCUGCUCAACACACCUCACUUCCAGGAGGACUUUUUGCCCCUGUAUGACCAACACCACUCUUUCCUGUGGCAGACCUUUGCCGGGCAGAGUGAGGACGAGUUACCAGGCCACCUGGAGAGUGUCAGAGAGGGGGCCAAGAGAAUGGGCAUGGCCUGGGCACACCGCCGGGCAUGCUUUCUACUUGGCAGACUCUGUGCCAAAAAGCUCAAGUACUCCCAGGCCCGUGUGUACUAUGAGGAAGCAUUGGGAGUCUCUGUGGACGCUUUCUCUGACCUACCAUUCCUCAUUGCCCUCUACACCAACCUGACGUCUGUCUACCUCAAACAGAAGAUGGCCGACAAGCUGCCCUUGACCCUGGAGAAAGCCUGCGCGCUGCUCCUCUGCCUGCCCAGCCACGACUUCACCUCCCUGGAUGAGUUUGAGCUGCUGAAGCUGGUGUUACGGAGGUCCGUUGUGGCAGGGGACAAACAUUUAGAGGCCCGGACCUGCUACCUCACAGCUAGUCUCUUCCUCCUCCUCAGAAAGACUGAGGACGCCCUGCCAUUUGUGGAGCGACUACAAUUCCUCACCAUUAGCCUGUCAGCUGAGGAAGGUCGCCCAAUUGCCCCCCUUGACCUCAACUGGCUCCUGUCCAGACUCUACCACCGCAAAUACAUGCCCUUCCUGGCCCUGGCAUCACUCAGUCUGGACUCAGGACAGGACCACUCCUUACAAGAAGCCUUCCAGCGGGUUGAACUUUUCAGGAAAAACUCGGAGCGUCUGAACCCUCGGUGGAGGGAGGGGACCUUUCUGCUCCCGGCUCAGAUUGUGGUGUACCUCAAGCAGGCUCUGGCCAUUGCUGAGCGCGAAGAGGACCUGAGGACUCAGAGGGACCUGUGCCUGGGUCUGGCCUGUGUCUAUCAGCAACACGGGGCGUUGGACAAGGCCCUGCCCUGUGCUCAACAGGCUGUGGAAACUGGAGGAGGCAUCAACAAGGAGGAGGGGUUUGAGGCUUCGGUAAUGCUGGGGUGGUUGCUGGUCCUGCUUGGUCAGCCUGAGAGAGCACUGGCCACUCUGCAGCCACUGCUACAAUCACUACAGGGAACCGACAGCCCAACCCAGAGGGGAGUGAUCCACAACCUGCUUGCACUGUGCUUGCGGCGGCAAAAUCAUGUAUCUGAGGCCUGCUGCCAACUCCACCACGCCCUCACCAUCUCCAGAGAGAGUGGCAACCAGAGGAACCAGGCCCUGGCCCUGGCCAACCUAGGGUGCUUGGUGCUGGACGUGGGGGCAUCCGCAUUGGCAGAACGCUUCCUGAUUAGGUCUCUGAGGCUGUUCCUGGAGAUAUGGGAGAGUCCCGUCGACGAGGAGCACGUCCAGACCUACCUGUGGCUGGGGCGGAGCUACAAGGACAGGGGGAGGAGCCAGGAUGUCAGGCUGUGUUAUGAAAUGGGCCUCCUCAUCUCCCUUCAUGCCAGGAACCUACACAGUCAGAUGGUAGUAGCCAAGGUCCUGAGUCGUCACUAUGCUGACAAACUGCUGUAUGGACAAAGUAUCCUGUACUAUGAGCACUGUGUGUCUGUGUCCAGGGACCUGAAGGACAAGAGACUAGAGGGAGAGUAUCUGGAGAUCCUCAGCAGCCUCUACCUCUCCCUCAACACUGAGAAGUCUUCAAGGAAGUCUCUGGAUUACAGCAAGCAGAGUUUGCGUAUCUCCAUCGACCUUGGGAAGAGAGAGGAGGAGUCAGAGACCUGGCUUCAGGUGGGACGCAUCUACUACCUCAUUUACGAAGAUGAACUGGCAGACAUGUACCUACAGGCGGCUGUGAAGACGGCCCUGAGGAUGAACGACCCUCGCUUCGCCAUGAGUAUCUACGAGGAGGCAGGAGACGUCUUCUUCAAAGGCCACAGGAACAGGCUGGCGUCACUGCCCUUCUUCAGGGACGGCAGUCUUCCGUUUGCUCGGAGCAUCCGUGACGUUCCCUCCGAGUUCAGACUGCUGAGCAAACUGACUGAGCUGUUGAUGAGCCAGGAAGAACAUGACGAGGCCCUGCAGUAUGCCUUACUGGCUGUAGAGGUCAGCAGCAAGACAGGUGUGCGUGUGAAUGAGUGGGUGGCGUACCACCGCCUGGCUACAGUUUACCACAGCCUGGAACAAUAUGAGAUGGCUGAGCACCACUAUCUCAAGGCUCUGUUCCUCAGCCCUGCAGUGCAACAGCACCCCCUGGAGGCUAGAUACUACACUAAGGUCUACUGCAGGCUGGGGGACCUGACUCUACACAAACUAAAGGACGCUUAUGAUGCGGUGGGUUACUUUCAGUUGGCUCUGGCUGCAGCCCUGGAAGACUGUGCCAACCCGCAGGCCCUUUAUGUGGUCUACAUGAAGCUGGCAGAGAUCCAUGCCAACCACAUGCCAGACCCACUCCUCUGCCAGGCCUACCAGGACAGCGCACGAAGCCUGAGGAGGGAACUGUCUGGGCUGGGAGAAAAAGAGGAGGGAAUGGGAGUAGACGGACACACAGAGCGGGGAGGAGAGAUGGAGGAAAGACAGGAGAUGGUGCAGGGGACGCAGCCUUGUGAUCUAGACCUUGGAACCAGAGACCCACACAUGAAGAAGGAACGUACAGAGCCAGAGACUGGAUGUUUUGAGUCUGAAGACACUAGCUACAAUGGAGCUAAAGACAUGGACUGUACAGAGCACCUGAGGGUGGAGCUGGAGCAUGCCGGGCUAGAGGGCGUGAAGGGGAGGGAGACAGAACAACGAACGGGACAGGGAGACACAGAGAGGGGAGAGGCAGAGACUGGUUGUGAUGCCUCUAACCAUGCAGAGGAGAGGGAAGAGGCAGAGACUGGUUGUGAUGCCUCUAACCAUGCAGAGGAGAGGGGGGAGGCAGAGACUGGUUGUGAUGCCUCUAACCAUGCAGAGGAGAGGGAAGAGGCAGAGACUGGUUGUGAUGCCUCUAACCAUGCAGAAGCUAAGUCCAAAGAUACUAACUGUCUGGAUAGCUGCUACCCAAACACUGAUCUCCAUGAAGCAGAUUCAACUGUAGUGUUCAAACAAGACUCAAGCACUAGACAAUUAAAUAUGGACAAUAUCCUCAAAGAGGACAGUCACCCAGACCAGGACACCCACAGUCAUGAAACAAACCCUUGUCAAGCAGAUGUUGAACCUGCCGAAAAGGUCCACUCAACAACACCCACUGUGUUAGACUGGGCAAUAAGGGAGCAUCUAGAUCACAUUGGCAGGACAGGAAUGCCCUGUGACCCUAACAACACAGAGGCCUUACCUACAGACACAGUCACCAAGCACAGACACUCAACGCUCACAGACACAGACACACCCUACAAAGACAGCCCGGCAGACACCAGCCAAACAGACACGGACACAAGUCCCAAAGACACUGACACAGAUGCAGAAUCUCCUCACAAAGACGUCCCUACAGACUUCACUUACACAGACACAAUCCCCAAAGACAACCCAACUACAGAGAGAGGCACAGAAACACUUCCCCCAGAUGCUGAUGGUUCUCAGAGUAUAAAGAUGGAGAGAAUUCAUUCAGCCACAGAUACAGACAGAGAUGAAGAUAACUGUUCUGUCCAUACACUCACAGAUGCACUCCAUGAAGGUAGCACCACUCCAAAAGACACUCCCUCAGACAAAGAUGUCAGACAUAUUGAAUGUGUCCAGUAACAAGUGUUCUUAUUAUUAAUAUAAUUUUGAUGUAUGUACACAAAUUAAAUACUCUGUAUAUUACAGAGGGUUUUAAUGUUUCUAAAAUAUUUGUGUAAAUAUGUUGUUUUUGUAACUGAAUUAAAAUGAUGUACGGCUUGAU